AGAUGAAGGACCGACUAUGUGAGCUGAAGAACUUCCCCUCGGCAGAGGAGAACGUUCUCCAGGAGAACCUCGACCCGGCCGAGGGCGACGCCGAGGAGCAGCGCGCCGCGGCGUUCGAGGGCGGUGAGGGCGUCAUGGACGACGUCUACAAGAAGGCCCAGGCCAUGAGGAAGGAGAUGCACCUGCUCACGCUGGACGUGAAGCGCCUCGCCAAGCAGAACACGCGCUUCCUCACGUCCGUCCGCCGCAUCAGCAGCAUCAAGCGCGACUCCAACGCGCUGGGCCGCGACAUCAAGGCCCGGGGGGACGCCAUCUACGCCCGGCUGGAGAAGCUCCGGGAGCUGAGCGACGAGCUGGAGGAGGAGCGCGGCCCGGCGGCCGCCGUGACCCGCAUGGCGCGCUCCCAGUGCGUCUCCCUCACCGGCGCCUUCCACCGCGCCAUCUCCGAGUACAACGAGGCGGAGAUGAUGCAGCGGGAGAACUGCAAGACGCGCAUCCAGAGGCAGGCGGAGAUCAUGGGCAAGGAGGUGAGCCGCGAGCAGAUCGACCACAUGGUGGAGACGGGCAAGUGGAACGUGUUCUCGGACCACCUCCUCAUGGAGGGCCGCGGCGCCCGCUCGGCCCUCAGCGAGAUGGAGACGCGGCACCGCGAGCUCUUGGAGCUGGAGGAACGCAUCCGGGGCGUCCACGAGCUGUUCUCCCAGAUGGCCCGGCUGGUGGAGGAGCAGGGCGGCAUGCUGGACAACGUGGAGGCCAACGUGGGCGCCACGCGGGACUACGUGGUCCAGGCCGCGGUCCAGGUCAAGAGGGCCGUGAAGUACAAGAAGAACAACCUGUGCAGGAAGAUCUGCUGCUGCUGCUGCUGAGGGGGCGCAGAGGUCAGGGGGAACCGAGGUCAGAUUCAACACGGCUGACCAGAGGACCAGAGUACCAGAGGACUAGAGGAUCGGAGGACUAGAAGACCAGAGAACUAUAAGACUAGAGGACUAGAAGACUAAGAGGACCAGAGGACUAGAAGACUAGAAGACUAAGAGGACCAGAGGACUAGAAGAUAGAGGACUAGAAGACUAAGAGGACCAGAGAACUAGAAGACCAGAGGACUAGAAGACCAGAGGACUAGAAGACCAGAGGAGUAGAAGACUAAGAGGACCAGAGGACUAGAAGACUAAGAGGACCAUAGGACUAGAAGACUAGAGGACUAGAGGACUAGAAGACUAAGAGGACCAGAGAACUAGAAGACCAGAGGACUAGAAGACCAGAGGAGUAGAUGACUAGACGCCUGCAAUAAAUCUGUAUCUAUUUAUUCGGCCCACAUUUCACAAUGACGUUGAGGGAUGAUACGUUUCCUGAUGAUGACCUACACAUAACCACCAGCUUUGUUCUUUUAACAUUUAGCUUUAAACUGUGUCAUGUUGUUUGAUAUAUAAAUAUAGUCUAGUUUUUUAUCUAAACCUGUAUAUAACCAGCUGAAUACCACUAAGAUUAAACAUCUCUUUGAUUAUUUGAUCUGGCCUCGACGAGUUAAAAGAAACUAAAAGUUAAGAGAGAAGCAUUUCUCUCAUUUUAUAUUUUAAAGCAGUAGCCUAAGUGGUAUCAGUGUCUCUGAGUUUUAGAUUAUUCUGCAACAUGAGGGUGCAGCUCCUCUGUACGCUGGUAUGUUUCAGCCAUUGCUUAACGAGCCUCUAAUGAACCCUGACAGCCUCCGGUCGUGGUGAGCCAGAUGGAUGUGUGUGUGCAGAUUGCGCAACAUGUCGGCCACCCCUGCUUAUAGUUACCACUCACAGGCCGGAGAAGGCGUUGGGUUUCUCAAGAUCUGUUGCUCCACGUGAAAGACGACUCUCUUUGUUAAACUGCUUCACUGAUUUUGUUUCCUGACUCACAAUCAAAUGAAGUCAAUCAGAUUAUUCUCCAAAAUCAAAAAGAGCACCAAAUAAUCACUGUGUGCGUGGGUGAGCCGAUCUGUGCUUGGCGGGUCCAUCACCCACUGGUGGAUUCCCAGUUACACACUAGUUAGAGGCCAUCGCCUGACAGCAUGAGAGCGUUUUCAGAGGUGUUGCUCGUCUUCUGGUGUUGAGUCAACGUGGUUAGCGGUGAAGAUUUACCAACGGCUGUGACGUCACGCUACUCACAUCGACCCACCCGCUGAAAAGACUGUUCAUUAGGCCAUUAGAGAACCUUUAAAAGUAUUUUCUUUACAAGGUAUAAUGAAUAUGUACGUCUGUAAUGUUGUUUUGUACAUUUUACACAUAAAAAAACAUUUUAUUUUUUAAGGCGCCUUAUCAUGUUUGAUCUACAAUUGUUAUUAUUUACACUAUGUAAAUGUUAAUUAAAAUGAAGACAAAAAAGAAAUGCAAUAUAAACAAUGCAGCCAAGCGUCAUUUAACUCACGACUCAUGAAAUUCAUUUUACAUUACAAGUCAUGAAGCUGAGCCUUUAAUCCAAAGCGAUUUGCAAUCAUGUUACACUCAUAUAGGCUACAACACCGUAGAUACACAGCGACAGGAAGCAACUCAGGGUUUAAGUGUCUUGCUCAAGGACACAUCGACUAGGGCGGGGAUUUAACCGCUAACCCCCUGAUUGAAAUCCAGGAAAGGACAGAAGAGGCUCACAUUGAGAAUCCUAAAGUUAUUUGAGGGUUUAAAUGACGAAAAUAUAUGGAGUCAUGGAGUUGUUGUGCACCUGGACCGCCAGCAGGGGGCAGCAUGCAGGUGUUUAUGAGCAGAGAGAAACUCAGAGAGAAGAAGACGUGUUCUUCGCCUUCACAUGACAGCUGUGUGUUUGCAUUAUUUUAAUGCAGUUUUAUGAAGUUCUCGUGACACUGAACAUCUGAACUGAUUUCAUGUACUCACGCUGAAAACUGCACACGGAUUAAGUUUAUUUUAAAUUACUUAUUUUCAACAUUUUCAUAUUUGUUUUCACAGCUCUUUGAUCACUGCUUUGCUUUCUAAUCAUGAUCUUCUGCAUAUUCUUCUGCAUGUUCAUUACAUUUGAAAUUAAACUGAAUUAGAGAUUUCGUUUUCACUCCCAAGAUGAACAUCUAACUAUAAAUAAAAAAAGUGAAUUGUAAUGUU